AUGGCUGGUGUGGCUUGUGAACGCCAGACCUGUCCCGUGCCUGCCGCACCUGUGGCCAUGACUGUCCGGAGAGGCCUGGGUCACUGCCUCAUUUGUCCGGACUCCCUGGGCUGUGGCAAAAAGAAGGCCCUGAAGGGCCGAUGGAGGCCACUAGGACCGGAUGGCUUUAGGCGUGGGCACGCGGGGCCGCUCUCUUACCCAGCGGCGCUCACGUCUGAGGGCUCUGGCCUGUGGAAACUAGCCCAAGCCCGGAAACACCACCACUUAGGGGAUGUGGGUGCCCGUGACCUCCCGGGGCUGCCCAGAGGCCAGGUGUGCACGGGGAGGAAGGGGGCUGGAGUACACAGCCCGGCCGAGACGCUAAGGGGUCUCGGAGUGGGGAGCCCGGGACCCCGGCGCAGAGGCGAGGAUGAGGCCAGACGCCCUAGCGCACCCUGGGCCCGGGCCGCCGCGGGCACCUACCUGCGGCCGCGCCCGCANUCGGGGCUGGGGCUGGGGGGCGCGGGCGACCAGGACGAGGAGGGGGCGACCGCAGGCGGCGGAGACGGGGCUGGUGCAGCGACUGGGGGCGCAGACGGCGGGGCCGCGGCGGAGCCGGCGCCCCCCGACGGGCCUGAGACGGGGGCGCCCGGGGUGGCCGUGGCCCCCGGUCCGCUGCCGCUGCUGGAGCCGGACGUGAGCCCCCCGCCGCCGCCUCGGCCGUCGCCGCCCGACGUGUUCGCUGGCUUCGCGCCCCACCCCGCGGCGCUGGGCCCCCCGACGCUGCUGGCCGAGCAGAUGAGCGUGAUCGGCAGCCGCAAGAAGAGCGUGAACAUGACCGAGUGUGUGCCCGUGCCCAGCUCCGAGCACGUCGCCGAGAUCGUGGGUCGCCAGGGGUGCAAGAUCAAGGCUCUGCGAGCCAAGACGAAUACAUACAUCAAGACUCCGGUGCGAGGGGAGGAGCCGGUCUUUAUCGUGACUGGCCGCAAGGAGGACGUGGAGAUGGCCAAGCGUGAGAUCCUGUCGGCCGCUGAGCACUUCUCCGUGAUCCGGGCCACGCGGAGCAAGGCAGGCGGGCUGCCGGGUACCGCGCAGGGCCCACCCAACCUGCCCGGACAGACCACUAUCCAGGUGCGCGUGCCCUACCGCGUGGUGGGGCUGGUGGUGGGGCCUAAGGGCGCCACCAUCAAGCGCAUCCAGCAACGGACGCAUACGUACAUCGUGACACCUGGGCGCGACAAGGAGCCGGUGUUUGCCGUGACCGGCAUGCCCGAGAACGUGGACCGGGCACGUGAGGAGAUCGAGGCCCAUAUCACAUUGCGCACGGGGGCCUUCACCGACGCCAGCCCCGACAGCGACUUCCACUCCAACGGCACAGAUGUCUGCUUGGACCUGCUGGGGGCGGCCGCGGGCCUCUGGGCCAAAGCCCCCAACCCAGGCCGACGGCCCCCAGCCAGCCUCCGUGGGGACACUGCGCUGGGCGCCCCGGGAGGCCCUGAGUCCUUCUACGCGGGCAGCCGCGGGGGACCGCCGGUGCCUGUGCCGGUGCCAGACGCUGGCCCCGCCAGUCCCUACAGCACUUCUGGCAACGGGGGCUUCACCUUCGGCGGGGACGGUCCCGGGGCCCCCACGGGGCCACCCGCCCCCGAGGACUGCGACUUUGGCUUCGACUUCCUGGCGCUGGACCUGACCGUGCCCACCGCGACCACCAUCUGGGCGCCUUUCGAGCGGGCCACCCCGCUGUCGGCCUUCGGCGGCUGCUCGGCAGUCAAUGGGGCCCCCGCGCCACCAGCCCCAGGUGCCCGACGCAGCAGCGGGACCGGCACACCACGCCACUCACCCACGCUGCCCGAGCCCGGUGGCCUGGGCCUGGAGCUCCCGCUGGCCCGCCGGCCUACACCGGACCCAGUGGGCGCCCUGCCCUGGCGGCCCCCACAGGGCUCCCUGACGUCCUUCUCAAGCAGCGCCAGCUUCUCCACAGCCACCUCGCUGCCCAGCAGCUCCUCGGCCUCCUCGUGCUCGGCGCUGGAUUCCAGCGCCCCUGAGAGCGGCCGUAAGCCCCCUGCGGCCCCAGCGCCUGCGGCCCUGGCGCGGGAGUGCGUGGUAUGCGCCGAGGGUGAGGUGAUGGCCGCGCUGGUGCCCUGCGGCCACAACCUCUUCUGCAUGGACUGCGCCGUCCGCAUUUGCGGCAAGAGCGAGCCAGAGUGCCCGGCCUGCCGCACACCCGCCACCCAGGCCAUUCGCGUGGAGACUACGCGGCCAAGCGGCACCUCAGUUCUUAACAAAUGACAGUAUUGAGUCGACAGGUUAAAAUAAACCAGAGAGAAAAGGCCUGCUUGCCUGCUUGCACUUUUUAUUUAAGACACUCCCUACCCCCUAUUCCCACCCCCCGCCCCCAGCCCAAGGUGAUCUUUUUAAGAAGAAAAAACAAAACACGAUUUUUACAACUCUGGGGUGUACUUCUUUUGUAUGUAGCGGAUAUCAAUUUGACAGUGUUUGUUUUCCCACGGUCUCAACCUCUGCAGAAACUGCCAGGAGGAGGAUGGCUCCCUUUGGGGGGAUCAUAUGGUUACCCUGUAAGCGGCGUGCAGGCCGGAGGUGUCCAGAACUUUCUAACUUUUUUUUAAUUAUUAAUCCCUUUCUGCUGUGGUUUCUGUUGACAGUUUUUAAUUUUUGUUGUUUUUAAAAAAGAAAAAAAACCUUUUACUUUUUACCUCUUGUGUAUAUGUAGGGAAUUUAUAGGGAAAUAUGUACUUUAUGGAAUAAAUUUUAAGACUAAAAUAUAUUUUAUUUUAAAUAAAGUAACGGACCUUUAAUCUUACACAGCUAAAUUACUGAUUAUAUAUUUGCUGAGCUGACCUAAGGGUUCAGAAAAUUGUAUCAAGAGUUUUAUUUUUUGACUUCAAAGCCUUCUUAAUAAAGUCUUUUUACUACACGUGA